AUGGCUGACGAUGCUCUUGGGCUUCCACCUUCACUCCCACCUCCUUACUUGCCGUUUCCACAGCCUCUGUCGUCGCCUCUUCAAACUCAGCAGUCGUCUGCUCUUCAGCCGGCUUCUCUGCCGCAUUCCUCUCAGAUGCCGCCCAUGUUACCUGCCCCUGUGGCUGUUUUGACGGCUUCCCCUGCUGUCCCUCCUUCCCCCAAGGGUGCGGUCCCCAAGCUGCUCCAGGGGGGGCGUGAGAUCCCGAUACCGUGGGAGGCGUUGUCGACUCCUCCACAGCCUGCUGCACCUGUUGCCUCCGGCGCAAUCCUGGAUGAGCGUUGGAGUAGGUGGGGGGAGUGCCCUCCUGUUGAGCGGCUUCUUCUUGUCGAGCAGCGCGUUGCGACCGUGGGGACUGUCCUGGAGCUGCUGGCGGGGGUGCUUGACCAGCUGCAUGCGAAUCUGAGGCGCGGGCGUGUUGCUUGCCUGCUGCUGUUGAAGAAGGAGCGGGCGGCUGCCGUGGCGGCGGCAAGACAGAUGAUGCUGAGCUUCCCACGGAUGGGUCUCGUGACCGGCUCCCCCGGGGUGGGUUCUGGUCCUGGGCCUUCCGCCGUGAGGCGGUUGGCUUCUUCUGCCCGUUGCACCCCCCUUGACGUUGUACCAGCCGCCGCAGCGCUGUUGCGCUGGUUGGACGGACGGCUGGCUUUGAUUCUCGCCGAGUAG